UAUUUAUUUGGUUUGCCCGUUGAUUGUCUGUUUGUUUUGUUUGUCCAUCAUGUACAGCGACCUUGGGUCCCUUGAAAGGCGCUAUAUAAAUAUCAUUUAUUAUUAUUAUUAUUAUUAUUAAUGUCAGUAAGGGAGAGGGUUUUCAGGCUCAUAUCUUAACAAGGAGUGUUUUAUGUCGUGUUAAGUGAUUUGUAUUUACAUAACCAAUUUGCCUCAAGGUGAUUGGUGCUUCAUACAACCUCCACUGUUGCUCGCUUCGGAUGAGGAAAGUCCCCCUAAGAAAAAAAACGUACAGGAAGAGCACCAGAGGAAGGAUCUCUUUUCCAGGGCCGACAGAUGACGCAAAGACUUUGACUUUGCCUACCGUCCCAUCUUCAUCUCCACAUCCCUCCUCUCGUCUGUGUGUCUCUCCCGAUGCCUCGCUCUCGUCGGAUGGGAGACAGCGACACACAGCAGACAGGAUGACGAACCAGUCGAAAGCCAACCAGUCCAACAUAAACAAGAAGGAGAAAGAAGAAAGCCAGCGAGAUGACAACACAGACGUUGUAUAUAAAGAUGCAGGCCACUGCACCCGCAACACCCACAACCUGCUGCUGGGACUCACUAUUCUGGGUGUUGUCUUGGGAUCGUUGUUUGGGACGCUGUUGCGGUACAUGAGUGUGAAGGACUAUGCUGCCCUCACUAUGAUUUCCUUCCCUGGAGAUAUCCUCAUGAGGAUGCUGAAGAUGCUCAUCCUGCCUCUAAUCAUUUCCAGUCUCAUCACAGGACUGGCUGGUCUAGAUGCCCGCUCCAGUGGCAGGAUGGGAAGUAGGGCCAUGGUGUACUACAUGACCACCACUGUAAUCGCUGCCAUCCUUGGGGUCAUCCUGGUGUUGAGUAUCCACCCGGGGAACCCAAAACUAAGGCGUGGCGCCACAACCUCCUCAGUCCAGAGGAACCCGGAGGUCAGCAGUCUGGACGCCUUCCUCGACCUGCUCAGAAACCUGUUUCCUGAGAACCUCGUGCAGGCCUGCUUCCAACAGGUUCAAACGGUGCUGAAGAAGGUGCCGGUUAUGGUAGAAAACCAAACGGAGCCCAUCAUUGAGAACAGAAAGAAACUGGAGUACAAAUGGGGCAUGAACGUCCUCGGCUUGAUCGGCUUCUUCAUCACCUUUGGGAUCUGCAUGGGCAGGAUGGGCGAGCGAGGGAGGGUCAUGUGCGAAUUCUUCAACAUCCUCAACGAGAUAAUCAUGACGAUGGUCUCCAUAAUCAUGUGGUACUCUCCUGUCGGCAUUGCCUCCCUAAUUGCGGGGAAGAUUGCGGCCAUCGGAGACCUGGAGAUGGUUGCCAGGCAGCUGGGCAUGUACAUGGUGACCGUCAUCGUGGGCCUGGUGAUCCACGGCGGCUUGAUCCUACCUGCUAUAUUCUUCGCUAUCACUAGAAAAAGCCCCAUCACUUUCUACUCUGGAAUCUUCCAGGCUUGGAUCACGGCUCUGGGCACUGCCAGCAGUGCGGGAACGUUACCCGUCACCUUCCGCUGCCUGGAGGAAAAUCUGAAGAUUGACAAGCGUGUGACUCGUUUUGUGCUGCCCAUCGGCGCCACCAUUAACAUGGACGGCACUGCGCUAUAUGAGGCUGUGGCAGCCAUCUUUAUUGCCCAGAUGAAUGACAUCUCUCUGGAUACGGGACAGAUCAUCACUGUCAGUAUGACUGCCACCCUGGCCAGUGUGGGGGCUGCCAGUAUUCCCAGUGCUGGGCUGGUUACCAUGCUGCUGAUCCUGACCGCUGUGGGGCUGCCGACUCAGGAUAUCAGUCUGCUCAUCGCUGUCGACUGGCUGCUUGACAGAUUGCGUACCUCCAUCAAUGUGGUGGGCGAUUCGAUUGGCGCGGGGAUCGUGGACCACUUGUCCAAGGCGGAGCUCGCCGAAAUUGACGCAGCAGAAAUGCUACUGCUCCAUCCAGAGGAGGAGCUCGAUUUCAUCCCUCCUCCACCGAUUCUGACAGAGAUUGACCUGAUCGACCCUUUCAAACCGCCCGAUCUGCCCCCUCGCUCCCCUCGCCCUCCCAAACAAAACAACCACGGCCCCGCUCUGUCCCAGUCCCAGUCCAUGAAUUACUCACCUUCCCGUUCUGUCCGAUCUCCGUCCCCGCGCUCCAUCCGCUCUCCCUCUCCGCGCUCCGUCUGCUCCCACUCCCCCCGACCUUUCCGUACUCAUUCACCACGCCUUCCCCGCAGGACGGAGGCAGGCUACUGCGCCCUGCCCAGCCAUGACAACCAGGUUCCCACAAUGCAUCGGACCUACAGAGAGAGAGAGAGGGAACGGGAUCGCUUGAGGCGAGAGAGUGAAACCGAAGAGGACGAGGAGAGAGAGAGGGUUUUGGGUGAAGUGAGCGACGGCGAGGAGAGCGAUGACACUGCUUAUGACCGGAGGCACGCCAUGCCAACCAGCGACCUGCCAUGAUUGGAUUUUUACUUCCACAAAGCCCCCCCCCAUCAAUUAGUUUCUGUUUUAUGACUGGACAGUAGACUUCUGGCUGGUUACAUUGCUACUUCUUAGAUGUAUUUUGAGUUCUCUGCUCUUCAUUAGCAGAACUGUUGGAUAAGUUAUCAACAAGCUCCCUUUGAGCUUAAAACAGAUAGAUAUUAAAAUGUUGAGAAGGCCCAUAAAACCAGGUCUGAGACUUUUGCUCUUUAGCAAAUUAAAUGGAGAGUUCUUUCCCUUUUACUUGUGUCUCCAUUCCUGUCUUGAUUUGUCAUCUCAUAACCAAACUUAAAAUGCUCCUGUAUGUCUGAACUUCCUUAAAUGCGCUUGAUAGGAGAAACAAAUCUGCUCUCGACUAGAAGAGUGUCCCGGUGUUACCAGCCUUUAACGCACAUCAGUGAGUUUUUACAGUAGAUCAUCUUUUACCAUCUUUCUCUUCAACUUUUAUUUUCCUGGCAGAAGUGGGAAUUGUUUAAAUCAAAGGAAUAGUUUUACAUUUUGAGAAAAACACUGUUUUACAGAGGCAAAAAAACUGAUGUAAGACUUAUUUUUUCCUAAUCUCUGUAGCAAAACCCACCUACCAACAUCUCUUAAGCUCACUAUGUUUCAUGCCAAAUCUUGUUUGUUUAGUCCCUAAAGAAGGAUACGACUGUUACAAACUGGUUUGGCGUCAAUGUGUUCCAUAGAAGAAAUAGAUUAGCGCAUAAUACAUUUUGUGGUAGAAAUGUAAAAAUGUUACACUGGAUUAAACAAACCAGACGUGACGUGUUAGUUGGUGAGCUUAAUAUAUGGUAGUAGGCUGAUUUUGUCACCCCUGGACAAAGCAAGGCUUUUCUCCUCUAUUUUAACUGCUGGCUGUUGUUUCAUAUUUAUCAUACAGACACGAGAGAGGAAAUGUCUAAUUAUUUCUUUAAAUGACCUUGAUAAUACCAACUGGUUUCAUCUAAAGAGAUAUACAACCAGCAGACAUUCUUUUUAUAAAUCUUUAUAAAAGCAUUUUCUUCCUUGGUGCUCUUCUUGCACAUCACCUAUUACCUUGAUGUUAAUAUUGUAUUUUUAUUGUUGUGGUCUGGUCUCUGAAAUGACGAGUAAUAGGCAAGAUGCUGUUUGGAUUUUGUUGUUAUUUGAAUUUACUAGUUUUAAUCUUGUUUCAUUAUUCUUAAUUGCUGUAAAAUAACGUCAUCAGUCUCUUCCUCCCCACUGAGCAUCUCAUUUUCAUUUUAAGUUUUGCCUCCCAUCAUCCUUGAGUCUUAACUCAGAUUCACAGGUCCAGCUUGUGUGUAUAUUGUAGGUAAUAAAAUCCUAGAGAUUUAUUUAAAAUUACUACAAUUCCUUUGUGUUUUUCUCUUCUGCUUAAGUAACUUUGUUCAAUCUGCGGAGGGAUUUAUAUU